UUUCCUCCUCCUCUAGGCGGCGGCGCCAUGGAAGUCGACGGAGGCGGAGAUGAACCGGCAUCGUCGCCUGUCCUCGUCCGUGGGAAGAAGAGGCCGCCUUCCCCCUCAACUUCACCGGGCGACGGCGAGGGUUCACCCACCAGCGACGAGGACGACAACCCGUGGGCGGUUACCGACGACGAAGAGGAGGAUGAAUACCAAGGGAAAUACCGCCCGUUUACAGUUGAUGAGUUCCCGAGGGCCAGCACUUAUGACGAGCAAGAUGCACUGGACACAAAUCCAGAGAUUUCUCUUCGAGGACCAAAACUUCUCUGGAGCGUACGACCAUUCAAGCCAGAAAUUGGCAGGCAUCCAUGUGCUACCCGGUAUCGGCUCAGCAAUGAAUCUGAAAUCAGCGUGAACAAUGUUAGGACCAUCGAUUGUUCAAAUAAAUGCCGUUGCCAUGUCAUGGACUUGCUGCAGUUCAUUGACCUCAAGAUAGCUGGUUAUCGCCAUGCCCAACCUGGAUCUGCCAAAAUAUUUGGGUUUUUCGCGACACGGGAUCGAAUCGAACCUUUGCGCAAUUAUGUCUACAGGCGGGAGAUUGGCAAUUGUGAAGUUGUAACUGUGAAGCCAAAGACGGGCAUGGCACGUUUAUCACUUGGUAGCCCUGCUCGAGGUAUUGGCAUGACAAGCCAUGUGUUGUUUGAAUUCAAGCUUUGUGUACGUACUGAAGCCCCGCCUGAAAAUGGGCCCAAAGAUGACCUUCUGAUCGCAGGAUGCGCUGAAUUCAGCAAGAUUAUGGAAACAAAAUCAUUCAUUCAGAAUCGACGUAUUUAUGGGGAGAAGUGUGGACUGGAUGUGAAGUUCCUGGUGGUGAUGAAUGCGGUACAAGCAUUCGUUGAUGUUGAGAUACUCCGUGCCCCUGCUUGUGGUUUUAAUCUGAACCUCUAUGCCAAGACCAGUGGUUUCAGUGAUGUGAUUCGUCUCUACCGAGGAAGUGUGGACACUGGCUGCAGAAUGAGUUCAGUUGUAGCAGUGGAGAUACGCAGUUACCUUGAUCUUCGUAUCGAAGGGACUCCGAAAGAUGACGGAGGAGUUUCUCAGAAACUGCUGCCUUGUGUGUGGGAGGACAGCUUCGAUUCCUGCUACCAUGGAGAGGUGGAUAAAGUUGUGGAUCUGGACGAAUCCACCUCGAUUUCAGUGAAGAUCACCUGGAGAAGUGUUGAUUGACAUAUAGCUUAGUUGCCCUGCUUUGAGGCGUGAACGGUAAUAUGGGGGUACUUCUGGUGCUAAGUUAUGUUAGUGUUUGUGUGAGGGUGCUAAGUUAUGUUAGUGUUUGUGUGAACCUAUUUGUCCACUGGAGUUAUAUAUUGACACUUUGUAAGCAUUAUUUUAUCUGGUGCUAAGU